AUGGCUUUCAGUGGCAAAUUUGAAUUUGAGAGUGAGAAGAACUAUGACGAGUUCAUGAAGUGCCUGGGUGUUUCAGAAGACGUGACUACAAAGGCACGGAACCUAAAGAUCAUCACAGAGAUCCAGCAGAACGGACAGGACUUCACUUGGUCCCAGUCUUACUCUGGGACCAACAUCAUGACCAACAAGUUCACCAUUGGCAAAGAAAGUGAAAUUCAGACCAUGGGAGGCAAGAAGUUCAAGGCUACUCUGAAGCUGGAGAAUGGGAAGGUGGUGGCAGACUUCCCCAACUUUCACCAGACCUCGGAGAUCGUGGGUGACAAGCUGGUGGAGAUCUUCACCAGUGGGGGUGUGACCUAUGAACGAAUAAGCAAGAGGCUGGCUUGA